UUGGUUUGUACUACAAAGUCCAGAGUUCAUAGCGCCACAGAACGCGGAAGUGCCGUCGAUCCGUCCACAGUGGAAAUGCGGCUGUCGAAAAUGCGGUAAAACAUCGACAAAAACAUCAAAUUCACACAUGUGUCGGCGUGUGUGAGCAAGACAUGGUUCCAGAACAUGGGAAGCAGCAGAAGCGCUCGUCACAGCCGUCUAAUAGCGAGGGUGAUGCGGACGGAUCGUUCGUGUUUGAGGCUAAAGAGGCCUGGAAGGAUUUCCACAACUCCCUCAGACAGUUUUAUGAGAACGGAGAGCUGUGUGACGUCACUCUGAAGGUUGGGAACAGACUGAUACCAUGUCACAAACUAGUUCUGGCCUGUGUGGUGCCGUACUUCCGUGCCAUGUUCCUCUCAGAUAUGGCCGAGGCCAAACAGGACUUGAUUGAGAUACGAGAUUUUGACGCUGAUGCUAUCCAGGACCUGGUGGGCUUCGCGUACUCCUCGCGGCUGACGCUGACGGUGGAUAACGUGCAGCCGCUGCUGUACGCGGCAUGUAUCCUGCAGGUGGAGCUGAUCGCUCGGGCCUGCUGUGAAUACAUGAAAGCGCACUUCCACCCCUCCAACUGUCUGGCUGUCCGCACCUUCGCAGAGAGUCACAACAGGGUGGACCUGAUGGACAUGGCCGACCGCUACGCCUGCGAGCAUUUCAGUGAAGUGGUGGAGUGUGAGGAUUUCAUCUGCGUCUCGCCGCAGCACCUCAAGACGCUGCUGGCCUCCAGUGACCUGAACAUACAGUCUGAGACUCAAGUGUACAACGCCGCAGUCAAGUGGCUCAAAGCCAAUCUGAAGCACCAUGACGUCUGGCUGGAUCAGAUCAUGUCUCAGGUGCGUCUUCCUCUGCUGCCGGUGGAUUUCCUCACAGCCACUGUUGCCAAAGAGGACAUGAUCAAGGCCAAUUUGAGCUGCAGAGACCUUUUGGACGAAGCUCGGAAUUAUCAUUUGCACCUUAGUAACAAGAGCGUUCCUGACUUUGAGUAUUCGAUCCGUACGACUCCCCGCAAGCACACUGCAGGUGUGUUGUUCUGCGUCGGGGGACGGGGUGGAUCCGGCGACCCGUUCCGCAGUAUCGAGUGUUACUCCAUCAGUAAAAACAGCUGGUUCUUCGGCCCUGAAAUGAACAGCAGACGCAGACAUGUGGGAGUGAUUUCAGUAGCAGGGAAAGUUUAUGCUGUUGGAGGCCAUGAUGGCAACGAGCACCUCGGGAACAUGGAGAUGUUUGAUCCACACACCAACAAGUGGAUGAUGAAAGCCUCCAUGAACACAAAACGGAGGGGGAUUGCGCUGGCUGCUCUCGGCGGACCCAUCUACGCUAUCGGUGGUCUGGACGAUAACUCCUGCUUCAGUGAUGUGGAGCGGUAUGACAUCGAGUCGGACCGCUGGAGCGCCGUGGCUCCUAUGAACACUCCCAGAGGAGGCGUGGGAUCUGUGGCGCUCGGGGGCUAUGUGUACGCGGUCGGGGGAAAUGAUGGCGUUGCGUCACUGUCCAGCGUGGAGCGUUUCGACCCUCAUCUGAACAAAUGGACAGAUGUGCGAGAGAUGGGGCAGCGGCGCGCUGGAAACGGUGUCAGCGAACUCAACGGAUGCCUAUACGUUGUUGGUGGGUUUGACGAUAAUUCUCCGCUGAGCUCGGUGGAGCGCUUCGACCCCAGGACCGAUCACUGGGAGUAUGUGGCGGAGUUGACCACGCCCAGGGGCGGAGUCGGUGUUGCCACGGUGAUGGGGCGUGUCUUUGCAGUGGGGGGCCACAAUGGAAACAUCUAUCUGAAUACGGUGGAGGCCUUUGAGCCCCGGAUGAACAGAUGGGAGCUGGUGGGCUCUGUGUCUCACUGUCGGGCCGGGGCCGGAGUCGCCGUCUGUUCCACUCACAUCAGUCAGAUUCGAGACGUCGGCCAGGGCUCCAGUAACGUCGCUGACUGUAUGUAGCCACAUCGUCAUAGUUUGACACACUACAACACUAAGGCUUCAACCUAAAUACUCUCCGAACACCUGCAUUCAGCCGUGAUGUGGCUCUGAAUCAGGAGUCUGGUGUUGUUCUUCUGUGUACUACACAACAAGAGAAGUUUAUUGUGUCUUUGCUUUAAUUUUGUUAGUGGAAAGGUUUUUAUUUUUUCUUUAGCAGUGAGAUCACAUGAUCACUGUAUCUGAUGUUUGUACUGAUAUCUGCUGCCUGAACUUCUGAAAGUAAUUUCUCUCUAAGACAAUAAGAAAUCCUCAAUAAACUAGACUAUAGUGCUUAGAAAUCAGAAUUGAUGUACACUUCUCUGAAUCUUGUGACUUCAGGACGCAAAGAAUGAUCAAAAAGAGAUUGUUUUAUAGCCGAGUGUUUGUUUGCGUGAGGACAAUCACAGCGGUGAUCAGGACAAAAUGAGAGAUUCAUGAGCACUAGCAGAGUCAUUUCUAAAGUGACGAAAUGAUACUUCUGUUGUGAGCUACGUCUCAUUUAUGACUUCAGUAAGACUGUCUUAAUGGAACCCUGCAUAGGAGCUAGACUGGUUUUGGGUUUAGAUUUGUGCCGAACA